CCUCGUCGUUAAUGCGUGUGCGCGUCGGGUGCUUUGGAGGCAUGCAGCUGAAGCAGCGUUAAAGCGCCGGAUACCCCAUCCCACCCAUAAGGAUGCGAGUGGGCAAUGCCUGGCGACACGGAGGACCGGGUCUGUCACAGGGCGCUGGAAGUCCUGUCCGAGCUCUGCUCCAGGGGCGAAGUGCAAAGCGACAGCUGCCUGGAUUUCAUUUACUCUUUCCGCGAUCUCGCCAAGCCGAGGUAUACGGACUCAGAUCUGUCUGUGAGCCUGCUGUCGCUUGUGGUGACAGCAUGUGGCCUGGCACUCUUCGGUGUGUCCCUUUUUGUCUCCUGGAAGCUGUGUUGGCUUCCAUGGCGGGAACGUGGUAUCUCCCCUAGCAACAAGCCAAGUGACUUGCAGCCAAGGGUGGCCCCCAGCGACACUGGGACUGGAGCUUGUGAGACUCAUGAAGAUUGUAAUAAGCCCGCCUCUCCUGUACCUGACCAUGUUCAUGAGGUGGCCAUGAAGAUUAGUCACACGUCACCCGACAUCCCUCUGGAGGGUCAGGCUGAGGCACAGAAGAAUCACUCACCCCGUCCACGUAUACAGCGGCAGAGCACAGAGCCCACCUCGUCCAGCCGCCACAGCUCCAUCCGCAGACAAAUGAACCUGUCCAACCCAGACUUCAGUGUGGCCCAGUUUCAGAGACAGGACUCACUGGUCGGUCUGGGCCGGAUCAAGCCUGAACUGUACAAGCAGCGUUUGGUGGGUGAUGAGGACAGCCCACCGGGGGGCGACUGUGGCCGCCUCCACUUCAUCCUCAAGUAUGACUGCGACCUGGAACAGCUCAUUGUCAAAAUCCACAAGGCACAGGACCUGCCCGCCAAGGACUUUUCAGGCAGCUCGGACCCCUACGUGAAGAUCUACCUGCUCCCGGACCGUAAGACUAAACACCAGACUAAGGUGCACCGCAAGACUCUGAAUCCGGUUUUCGAUGAGGUCUUCCUGUUCCCCGUGGCCUACACAGAGCUACCCACGCGCAAGCUGCACUUCAGCGUCUAUGACUUUGACAGGUUCUCCCGGCAUGACAUCAUCGGUCAGGUGGUGGUGGAGAACUUCUUGGAACUGCCAGACUUCCCCAGAGAAACUAAACUCUGCAGGGACAUCCAGUAUGUCACAAAGGACAACGUGGACCUGGGGGACCUCAUGUUCUCGCUCUGCUACCUUCCCACGGCUGGACGCCUGACUAUCACCAUCAUCAAAGCCAGGAACCUGAAGGCCAUGGACAUCACCGGGGCAUCAGAUCCUUAUGUGAAAGUGUCUCUAAUGUGUGAAGGGCGGAGGUUAAAGAAGAGAAAAACCUCCACAAAAAGAAACACGCUGAACCCCAUCUACAACGAAGCCAUAGUCUUUGAUGUCCCUCCCGAGAACAUCGACCAGAUCAGCCUCCUGAUAGCCGUCAUGGACUAUGACCGUGUGGGUCACAAUGAGGUCAUAGGCGUGUGCCGGGUAGGCAGUGAAGCUGAGAGGCUUGGCUAUGACCACUGGUGCGAGAUGAUGGCGUACCCACGCAAGCCCAUCGCUCACUGGCACCCUCUGGUGGAGUGGGUGGGACCGGAGGCCUCGGCUGGGAGUCAAGGCGGCUCCUGCAGUUCACUAAAAACACCUCCGUCACCUUAAAUGCGCCGUUGCUUGGGUCACGACCCCGGCUCCAAUCCCGACACAGUGAAGCAGAGCACAUCGAGUCUGACAAGAUCGCAAAACCUCGACAGCUUUCCAGAGGGAUGCGACUCGAGCUGAGCAAUGUUUGCUGCGGUUUCAUUCUGUGUUGUUUGUUUGCAUGUUCGUUUGAUGGCAUGUUUAGUAAUCAUCUCCCCUCUUUUCUAUUUAGUAAAACGAAAGUACCUAAACUUUGUUAUAGUUUCAUUAGAGCUUUAGUUUUAAGUGAAAGUUUUCUACUUUGUUCCUAUUUUUAUAUCACACAUCAAACUCGUCUAAAUUUGAAUACGGUGCAUGACCUGUUUUCCCUUUCUCUAUUUCU